AUUUUUCUUAACCAUGGUAUAUUAUUGUAACUCAGACUCCGGUCACACUGUUGACAUAAACGUUUUCUUAAUGCCGGUAUCAAUAUAUUUUUUAAAAUAAAAGGAUUGUUUAUUUAGUUUUGUGAAUGACUAGUUAUUGUAAACAUCGAUAGCUUUGUUGUUAAGAAUCUAAAAAAAAAUGACGUUGCCCGAGCUUGUGUCUAGCUUGUCAACGAAUCCUUAUUUUGGGGCUGGUUUCGGAUUGUUUGGAGUUGGAGCAGCUGCUGCGAUAUUGCGAAAGGGUCUUCAGGGCGGAACAAUCCUUUUCCGCCGGCACUGCAUGAUUACCCUGGAGGUUCCAUGCAGGGAUAAAUCAUAUCAGUGGCUUUUGAAAUGGAUCACAAUCAAGGGAGCCCGCAAAACCCAGCACUUAAGUGUGGAGACGAACUUUGUUCAGAGCGACAAUGGAACGAUAAAAACCAGCUAUGACUUUAUACCAAGCAUUGGAAAGCACCUGUUCCACUACAAAGGCAAUUGGAUUCAGGUGGAACGUACCAGAGAGCAACAGACACUAGAUCUGCACAUGGGAGUUCCCUGGGAAACGGUGACGCUCACAGCAUUUGGAAACAAUAAAUCUAUUUAUUUUGACAUUUUGGAAGAGGCUAGACAACUGGCUUUGCAAGCCACCGAAGGAAAAACUGUGCUAUAUACAGCAAUGGGCGCGGAAUGGAGACCCUUUGGUCAUCCUCGAAGGAGGCGACCCACUGGAUCGGUGGUCCUCGAUCGUGGAACCUCUGAGAAAAUCAUUGCCGACUGCAAAGACUUUAUAAAAAGCUCUUUGUGGUAUACUCAGCGUGGAAUUCCCUAUCGAAGAGGAUAUCUUCUCUACGGACCGCCCGGUUGUGGAAAGUCCAGCUUUAUUACGGCCCUGGCAGGAGAAUUGGAGUACAGCGUUUGUCUUUUAAAUUUAUCUGAAAGAGGCCUAACCGAUGAUCGACUAAAUCACCUUUUAAAUGUGGCGCCCGAGCAAAGUAUCAUCCUCCUGGAGGAUAUUGACGCAGCUUUUGUCUCGCGAGAAGCAACUCCUCAGCAAAAGUCCGCUUAUGAUGGCCUGAACAGAAUAACGUUUAGUGGACUCUUAAACUGCCUGGAUGGUGUGGGCUCGACAGAAGCCAGAAUUGUUUUUAUGACAACCAACUAUAUAGACCGUCUUGAUCCCGCCUUAAUUCGACCUGGUAGAAUAGAUUUAAAAGAGUACAUUGGCUACUGCACGCAGUAUCAAUUAGAAGAAAUGUUCAAGAACUUUUUUGCCAAUGGUGACGUCACAAAAGCGGAGGAAUUUGGAAAGCGAGUGAACUCGUUUGGCCGUUCUGCAAGCCCGGCUCAAAUUCAAGGAUUUUUCAUGAAACAUAAAUUGUCCUCCCCUCAAACUGUUAUUGAUUGUUGUGAAGAUAUCUGGGAAAACGUUUUAAGUCCUAAUAAAAAAAACAAUUGAAAUACCGUG